GCAGCUAGAGAAGGAGGGGAGGGCGUAUGUCAGCUGGAUCAGCAAGUGAGAGCAGCUAGAGAGGGAGCCACAGCACAGUGAAAGAGUGUGUGUGUAUGAGCCUGCCUGCCUUCCUGCUUGCUUGCCUGACUGACUGUGUGUGUGUGUGUGUGAGAGAGAGAGAAAGAGGGAGAGGGAGAGAGAGAGUCAGGGAGCUUGUGGAUACAACUCCACCAGACUGCAUGUCUCUGGCAUCACUAGGGGAGCAGUCCACACAUUACAGAGACAGCCUAUACCAGGUCUAGCUGAGAAUCUCUAUCAUGGCGUCCAACAACACAGCAAGCAUCGCCCAGGCCAGGAAACUGGUAGAGCAGCUGAAGAUGGAGGCCAACAUUGACAGGAUAAAGGUGUCCAAAGCAGCAGCAGACUUAAUGUCGUACUGCGAAGCCCAUGCCAAAGAGGACCCACUCCUGUCGCCGGUGCCCGCAUCCGAAAACCCUUUUAGGGAGAAGAAGUUCUUCUGUGCCAUCCUGUAAACGGGGUGUGGUUUAUUUGGUCUGACAGGAAGUCUACUCAUCUUGGGACAUUGAACGAGGACGUUCAAUAUGUAGACAUCUUCUAACAGAAGGGCAUGGAGGAGUAGUACUGUCUCUUUCUCUACAAUGGAAGUUAAAGCAGGCAUUUAAAAACCACAGAGUAAGACGUAACCAUUUACAGCGGUCUGAUCUGACCUGAUCUGAGGGCUGUUGUUGAGGGCUGUGCAGCAUGUUUGAUGGAUCCAUCCGUGUAGUCAGAGGACAACCGAAGAUAGUAUGGUUAUCCACCCAGAAACAUGAUGGACAACCGAUCAACCAAGUCUUCAGGUUGUUUAAAAUAAAAAAGAAUGAAGGAAAAAAACGAAACAAAAAAUAUUUUGUGGUUCUUUUGGAACAUGAAAUCCAAGUGUUACAUUAAAUGAUGGGUAGGGUAGAUGAUGGGUUGGGUAGAUGAGCUGCUUACCACCAGAUACUAACGCCUGUUAAUCGGAAUGUUUUUAUUUUUGCUGUUGUUUAUUUUAUGCAGAUUUUGAUUCUGAGAUGAAUUGGUUUGGCUAUAUCACUUAGACAACUUUCUAUACUGUAUGUGAUUACUGAAACAGCUAUUUUAACUUUCUUUCUUUCUUUUUUUACAUCGUUAGAAUUGGUGAAAGCUGUUGUAAUGGAAAGUUUGGACGUUCAAUUAAGUGAUAUUCUUUACAGACAUGUUUCUUUAAACUUCUUCUGAGAGAAGUAUACAACAUAUAUAUCUGGCAAUGUGGUACAGUAUGUGUCUCCUUCAGAUACAAGCUCUCUUUUUACUAUUUGUAUAAAAAUACUAGCAAGUAAACUGUGUUGUGCUGUGCGUUCUGAAUGUUUGUGUUUAUCAUUAAUAAUUGCAUGAAAUUAACUAUUUUUAAAUUUUAUUUUUAAUGUGGGGAUUGUAUGAACGAGGCAGCCUCCAUCUGGCAGUGCCAACUGUAUUAAAAGGAUAACAAUGACUCAAAA